CCAGCUCGCUCCGCUGACAUUGACGUCGCUCUCGAUUCAGAGCGAGACGCAAUCGAAAUAAUAAGACACCGAGUUAAAGAAUCUCAGUUGCUCUCCGUCCACUCCGUUACGUGGUAUUUGUGCACGGGAGUGAGAGCGCGGCUGCAAGAUAGUCAUGAAAGGCUUAGGAACAAAAAAAGACCCGAAGUGCGCCGCGAAAAUGGAGAGCGACUACGGGACUGGCGAGCCGCGGCAUUGCCUUAGAAUCAUCACGAGUGUGACUCCGUUUGUUUUUUCCGCUGUUUCCGUCGCCUUUUGCAUCCUACUGGGCGUUCAAAUGAACGACAUUAAAAUCAGAGUGAUAGAUUUGGAAACUGCAAAUAGCGAGCGCCUUUUGCACCCGUCCCCUGCGUUUUCACGGGAUCAGUUUAAUUCACUGAUACAGAAAAGAGUGGAGGAGGUGUUGUCACAGCGCUCCUACGAAAAUCUUGCUAGGAUAAGGACUGCCCGUCAGGUCUCACCUGACUGCAACUGCCCACCAGGUCCUCCAGGGAAACGUGGAAGAAGAGGACGCAAUGGAGACCCUGGACCUCCUGGCCCACCUGGUCCGAAAGGCGACAAGGGCGAUCAAGGCGACCAGGGGCCGAGGAUGGUCUUCCCUAAGAUCAAUCAUGGCUUUCUUUCUGCUGACCAGCAGCUCAUUAAGCGCCGGCUCAUUAAGGGUGAUCAGGGUCAAGCGGGACCCCCAGGACCUCCUGGGCCUCCAGGUCCCCCUGGCCCCAGGGGGCCCCCAGGGGACACAGGGAAGGAUGGACCCAGGGGAGCUCCAGGCCUACCGGGUGAUACCGGAACCCCCGGAGAGCUCGGUCCUACGGGACCUGAGGGCCCUCCAGGAACCAAGGGUUCCAUAGGGCCAUCUGGCAUCCCAGGUAUCGAUGGAUUAAAGGGCGAGAUUGGUAUGCCGGGAUUAGAUGGAAUCCCUGGCGCCAAGGGUGACAAAGGGGAUCAAGGUGAAAAGGGCGACCUGGGAGAGGAGGGCCAGAAGGGAGACCCAGGCGAGAAGGGCGAUGCAGGAUCUUCUGCUGCUGGUAUAAAGGGUGAACCGGGUGAGCCAGGGCGAAGUGGGCAAAAGGGAGAGCCAGGACUUCCAGGGCUACCUGGACUUCCCGGAAUAAAGGGUGAGCCUGGAUACCUUGGGCCUCAGGGUGAGCCAGGCCUACCAGGACUUCCAGGAACCAAGGGAGAGCGAGGAGAGGCAGGCCCACCAGGGAAGGGGGAGCGUGGAGAGGCUGGACCGGCUGGGCCCAAGGGGGCUCAGGGGGAUCCAGGAACACCAGGCCUCAAAGGGUCAAAGGGGGAUACUGGAGACAAAGGGGACACAGGCCUCACAGGACCAAGAGGCUUGUCUGGAGAGAAAGGUGAACAGGGCACAACUGAAAUCAUCGACUACAACGGCAACAUCCAAGAAGCACUCCAGAAGAUAGCUGCUAUUACAGUGACGGGGCCUCCAGGGCCCCCGGGACCGGUUGGGCCUCAGGGCAUCAAGGGGGAUCCAGGUCUUCCAGGCCCCCCAGGACUUGAUGGAGAGAGGGGUUACAAGGGUUCGAAAGGGGACAUGGGAAUGCCAGGAAUAUCCGGAGAAAAAGGAGCAGUCGGACUGCCAGGACUGCCAGGUGUGAAUGGGCUGAAAGGAGAGAAGGGUGAGGCUGGUCCACCCGGACCUCAAGGACCCUCUAUUGUAGGUGCACCCGGAUCAGCUGGACCGCACGGGCCCCCUGGUCCAAUGGGCCCACAUGGAUUCCCUGGACCCAAGGGGGAACCAGGUUUGCACGGCUUGAAGGGAGUGCGAGGGGAGCCUGGCCAUAAGGGUGACCGAGGACCCCUGGGCCUCCCUGGAGCGUCUGGCUUGGACGGCAAGCCGGGAUUAAUGGGUAUGGAUGGCCCAGUCGGUGCUUCUGGCCCUGCUGGUCCAAAAGGAGACAGAGGUGAGAAAGGUGCAACAGGAGAGCCUGGGCCAAGAGGACCUUAUGGAUUACCUGGUGCUGCUGGAACCCCUGGCCUGGAUGGGUCACCAGGCUUAAAGGGAGAGAAAGGCUACGUGGGGGAAAGAGGAGAAAAGGGGGAGAAGGGAAAGAAGGGCAAAAAAGGGCCUAAGGGGGAAAAAGGAGAACAGGGUGCCCCUGGAUUAGAUGCUCCCUGCCCAUUGGGUUUCCGGGGCUUUAAGGGUGAAAAGGGCGAGCCAGGCCAGCCUGGUCUGGAUGGGCUGGAUGCCCCGUGCCAGUUGGGCCCAGAUGGACUACCCAUGCCUGGCUGCUGGCAAAAGUGAUCAGUUGAACUAAAAAUCGCAUGGAAUUUGUAAAUAAUGCUUCGGUUUUGUAUUUAUAGUUUUUUUUUUUUAAUUGUGGAAAAAGAAUAUGAAUAUCAAUGGAUAUGAAUAUAAAAAUGUGCGUGCAUUGAGGGGGAAAAGCGCAAGAUCAUGAAGUUCAACUACUCAACUGCUUUUACUCAUCCUUGUGCAGUCCUGGCAGUGGGUGUCAGUUUCAUGUGUGUGUGUGUGUGUAUGUAUAUAUAUAUAUAUAUAUAUAUAUAUAUAUGAACAGCCAGGUGACCCAUGCCUGGAGACUCAUGCACUCAAGGGAAGGUUGGCUCUGAACUUUGCAUGUUCCUCUGAGUAAGAGUGGGUACCAAAAUGGACUAACAAGGUGCAAACAGGAGUCGGACGAGAAACAGAAGGCGAAGGACAGAUCAGGACUCAACAUGGAAGGCUAGCCAUAUGUUUGUGCUCAUCCGAAACCUCAUCAUCUCAUCAUGCCAUACUACCAGCUUAAAAGACUAAAGACUGUCUCUCCACAGCCCACAAAUAAGCAUGAAUGUAUAUACGUAUCACGUUGUGUUGUGGUCAAAAUGGUAUGGCUUCUGCAAAACACUAACUGGCUGUCGGGCUUUCUCACAUUGUACAAUAACAAAUACGUGGCCUCAAGUUUUACUUUACAUUUUGUCAUCUUCUAAAGGGAGUCACCCCUUGGCUGGUAGCCUGAGAAAGUGACAUAUCUGGAGGUCGAGAGCUGUUGUUGGUUUCCUUUAUUGUAAAGAGGCCACUCCCAGACCUGGGCCUGCAGUGCCUCUGUAUCUCACUUGCGUGACUCCCCGAGCCCUGGCGCUUACUCCAAGCGACAGCCGACUGACCAUAAACGUAGAGUGAGACGAGGGAAAGGGCAGCCACUGCACUAUCGUCACCCAGGUGAGGGGCGGAGCCCAGGAACUCCGCCCCAUGAAAGUUUACCUGGACCUCAAAGUUCCUUGGAGUGGCUGUGAGCAGGUGAAAGGAGAGUCCUCUCACCGCUCUAAUCAAUCAAAAUUGCCAUCCCAGAACACCUCACAGUACAGGCCGUAGCAGGAGGCUACAUGAUGUGAUCUACUGAGAACAGGAUUACAUUUGUUUUUGACUUUACUUUCAGUUGCUGAUUUGAUUUGUUUUUUAAAAUUUUUAUUAUAGCCUUUAGUGCCUCGAACAUUUUGUUAUUCAUUCCCGCAUUGUAAACAUUUAUUUUGUCGAAAUUCUACAUUAUAUAGAGUGGUGAAUUCUGAUGUGUAUUGCAGCUGAUAAACAAAUGCUGUUCAUAUAUUGUAAGCAGCUGAGGGCACUGAAUAGAUAUGUUUCUUUGAUUUUAAAGUGCCAUUUGCUCUUUUAUGGCUUAUCAGAACAGAUGUUCCUAUGUGUCAAAGUAAAUACGAAAGAGCCUCGCAUACAGGGCUGUUUUGCUUCUCAAGGAAUGCACAUUGUACUGCUGAACCUAGCAGUUAUGAAUGCAAACCUCCAAAUGACAUUCACCAAGGUGCUUCUAUUAUUAUUAUUUGCUCCAAAACAUUUUACAUUGUGCGCAAUGUUGGCUCAAGCAAAUAUUUCCAAUUCAAGACAGAAGUUCCAGUGUCUUUUAGUCUUUAAGCUAACAUCACCUACCAGAUCAGUUACGGAUAACAAAUUGACAUUCCAGAGCCAUUCGGAAGAUUGCAUGACCUGUGGUCAUUUACUAUUAGCCAUCCACAAACAAGACAGCGUUAUCUCAACCUGCACUGAGUGAGGAACAUUUAAGAGUUUCUACUACAACAGUUUUACAGGGGCUUUUUUGGGCAUUUCAUUUCACUUUCUGAAGCAACCAUGAGGCAGCUUGGUUGUUUUGUGUGUUUUUGUAUGUACAGUUGUAUUUGAGCUAACUGAAACAUCUGCAUUAGCUUUUAUACUUUUAAGUAAUGCAGUGUUUAUUUUAUACUUUUAUUUUAUAUAGCAUAUUGCUGUAAACGGAGGCAUUCCUGAUAAGGUAGCUUUGAAGGUUCUGUUUUUCACUUCUCAGUACUACACAAGUAUAGUGGAGUUCUGCACUGAAAUGUUAGGCAAUAUGAAUUAACAAACACCAUGUAACACAAAUUGUUCUGCCCCAAUCCUGUACUUUUUGGAGCUGUGGUCAGCCUAAGUUGUUACACCAUAUUACAACAAUGUGUAAUUAUGUUAGGCUGUUUAAUUCAGUCAGCUAUGUUCUAGACAUCAGUUGGUCAUACAGUUAUUCACAUUUUAAGUCUAAACCGGACAGAUAAGUAAGCACAUACCACAUGGUAUAUUCACAGGCUACAUGUAAUAUAGUCUCCUCCGCCAUAAUUCUUGUUACAUUGAAUGUAGAUUAAUAUAUGUAUAGUGGAUUAUGCGUGUGCAGUUAAAUAUUCGCUCAUUUGAUGAAAAGUGCAAUUUAUCCUUUUCUUGUAUGUACUGAUAUGUGAACCAUAUUUAGUAUGCGAAUGCAAAUCAAUGUCAGUUACAUACAUUUAUUAUAAGUUAUGAGUUAUAUUUUAAUCCAUUUUACAUUGGCACUGGUGAUUACUCUGUUUUUGAGGUACAUGGACAAGGCUCAUAGUUAAUACAAAUAGACCAUAGAAUUUUGACACUGUUUGGCAAAGCUUUCAUUCUAUUAUUUGUUAAAAUGGCUGUAACCACCAUGCCAUCCGUAAACAUUUCGUUAAAUCUGAUCCACAUUAUAGUGUCUCCAUUAAUUACUUCACACUUAAUGAAACAAUACUGUUUGGUCAAAAUGUGGUUUAGUAUGUUUCCUUUUGUGUACAUAUGAGCCAAUGCAUCUUUUUAAUCCCUAUUUUUUCCCACAUUUGCAUAAAGUAUUUUCUAUACUUUCAACGUGGAUGCUGUUUUGUUGUUGUUGCUGUUGUUUAGUUGGUGUUUUGAAAAUUCCAUUUUCCACAAACCUUAUUUUUAUUUCCCCAGGUUUUUGUGUACAUUUCUUCACUAUUUAGGGUUUUCGUUUAUUUUACAAUGUUGGUUACAUUAUGUUACAGCAGUCUUUGACUGGGCUCUGUAAUCAUAGAAAUGCCAGCUCUGCAGAAAAACUGAAAGCACAUAUUUGAACGAGAUCAGUUUUUUUGGUACUGUGUUGAUGGUGAUGCUUAGUGUAGACUUCUUGUGUGAUAUUUUUGGAUCCAGUCAUCUAAUAAAAUCAGAAUGCGCAGAAUAAAUUCCAAAAACACAUUUCUCAGAAUAUGAAUCGCUGACAAACUCUCAAACAUUCUCUCUCAUUCAUGUUCUACUUUAUUUUGCUUUUUUAUAUCACUGAAUUUGAUUGGUUUACUGGAAAAUGCUUCGCAUUGUUAACGAGUGCCCAUAAAUGGCUCGAGGCACUUCAUUUUUCAAUACGUUUUAUGUGUUAAUACCUUUGGAGCCAAAUAAAUUCGUUUGUUUUUCUUGAA